AAUCCUCCCGGGUUUUAGCUUGCAGUGAAUGCAGUAGGUUUAAGCCUGUUUAGCAAGGAAAACAUGGCCAGAAGCAAUGUUUUGAGGACUCUCACAGUUUUGAAUUUAUUCUUAGAUCAAAUCCCACGGUUUGGAGUUUUUUUUUUGGGGGGGUGUUAAAUCAUAGGUAUAAUUCCAACCCCUGUACUGUACUGCAUUUAAGAACUGGGGAACUGAGACUGUACCAGUCUAGACUGCGAGUUUAUUUCCUGAAUGAAGAGACCUUGCUUUGCAAGGAAAUCCAUACCACUGAUGAAAGAGAAACUACAUCAAGGGAUCACACUUGUGGUUGACAGAUAUGCCUUCUCUGGUGUGGCCUUCACAAGCGCCAAAGAGAACUUCUGCCUGGACUGGUGCAAACAGCCUGACGUUGGACUCCCAAAGCCCGAUGUGAUUCUGUUUCUUCAUUUAAGCCCGGAAGAAGCCGCAGAACGAGGGAACUUUGGAAAUGAACGUUAUGAGAACAGCUCCUUCCAAGAGAAGGUUCUGCAGUCCUUCUCUCAUCUGAUGAAGGACAAGACGUUAAACUGGAAGACAAUGGAUGCAUCAAAGAGCAUAGAAGACUUGCACAGAGAAAUCAAGUCCAUUGCAGAGGAAACCAUGCAGGAGGUUCAGAAUAAACCUUUGGGAGAACUUUGGAAAUAAAACUUCAUACAGGUUAUCCUUUUAGACUUAAGGGAGAAGAUACCUCUUGGAUCUUCCUCACUUGGAUGACUCCCCUACAUCACCUUCCAGUAACCACAGCUUUGAUUGCAUAUAUUCUGGUUCCAGCAUGGUGCUGAUGCUCUUGGGAUUUUUAUCUGCUCCUCCCCUCCAUCCUGCAUAGUCCCUUCUGUGUUUUAUAAAUGAACAUGCGAUGAGCACGUAACAAAUUUUUCAUAAAAACCUCCCUACUUCAAGCGGGAGUUCUUAUUCUAGCACCAGUCCUGUAGCACAGAUGUGGUUAUGAAACCCAGGGUUGCCCCUGGACACAGACACAGCAACAGGCAGGCAGCAGCCUUCCCAGUUAUGUGGAGCUGCCCUGUUUCUGCUGCUUCUGCCUCUAGGAAAUGCAUCCCUGAUGCUGAAACCAGUUUGUAGAGGGCUUGCUAAUAAAUUAUUCUUUUAAACA